AUAGAAAUAAACACAAAGAAUAAAAAUAAAAAUAAAACAUGAGAAUCACGACGGCGACGGGGAUGUUGUGGAGAGGCCUAUGUAUGAUCGUCCCUCUUCUCUUCGCCUCCGUCAACUUAAGGAAUAAAGGCAUUGCCGCCAGUGCCGAGACUAAUUAUAAGGGGAAGUGGGAGCUGUUUUCUCAGAAUUCCGGUGUGUCGGCCAUGCACUUGAUUCUACUCCCCAAGACGAACAACUCUUUGAUGUUCGAUGCCACCAUCUUUAAGACAUCGAGAUUGAAGUUUCAGGACCCGCAUUGCCAAAACGUCGUUGUACCCAAAAGUCUCGUUGAGGAACACUGCUUCGCGCAUUCGGUUCUCAUGGAUUUUGAAACAACGAAGGUUAAGCCACUCAGGUUGAAGUACGAUACUUGGUGUUCAUCCGGUGCCCUUGACGUGAAGGGACGGUUAGUAAGCACCGGUGGGUUUAAUAACGGCUCCGACACGGUCAGAAUUCUCGAUAAAUGUGAUGACUGCACAUGGAAAGAAUACCCAGGCACGCUUGGAAAUGGAAGAUGGUAUGCUACACAAGUAACCUUAGGCGACGGAAGAUUCAUGGUGUUCGGCGGUCGUGAUUUCCCGACGUACGAAUUCGUUCCAACAGAAGGCAAACGCAACACCAAAAACCAAGUCAUCGAUUUCAAGUUCCUUCGCGAAACCCACGAUCCCGUCGAGAACAAUUUGUACCCUUUUGUUUAUCUACACACAGAUGGAAACCUCUUUAUCUUCGCAAACAACCGUUCGGUCCUCCUAAAUCCGAAGACUAACUCGAUCGUCCACGAGUUCCCAGUCCUCCCUAACGGUGCUCGAAGCUAUCCCUCGUCGGGAUUUUCUUGUAUGCUUCCGAUAACGCUUCAACCCGACGAGAAACGUUCCGUCAUCCCGGCCGAAGUCUUGGUAUGCGGCGGCGCUGCGCAUAACGCUUUUACGUUGGCGAAUUUAACUCGACCCCCAGUGUUUCCCCCGGCGACCAAGGACUGUGGUCUCAUAGAUAUCAGCCAAAUGCAGAAAGCUACCUGGAAGAUCCUGCAAAUGCCAUCGCCUCGUAUUUUGGGCGACGCCUUGGUUCUUCCGACUGGAGAUGUGCUUCUCGUCAACGGCGCCAAGAGUGGCUCCGCUGGGUGGGAAAAUGCCAGGGACCCGAAUCUGGUCCCCGUUUUGUAUUCUGUCGCCAGUUCCAGUUUUAAAGAGCUUAAUCCUUCGACUAUUCCACGUAUGUACCACUCAACGUCGGCGGUUCUCCCCGACGCUAGAAUCCUCAUCGCCGGAAGCAACACGAACGACGGAUACUUAGAUGUCGCCCUCUUCCCGACCGAGACCCGUGUCGAAAAAUUCUCGCCGCAUUACUUCGAUCCAGCGUUGGACCGUUUCCGAACCGAGAUUGUAUACGAUAAGAAGGCCAAGAGGAUCAAUUAUGGAAUGCCAUUCAAGCUGCAAGUCAAAGGUGGCGAUGAGAACCUUGACAUGCAGAAGCUUCAAGUGAAUAUUUACAAUCCUCCAUUUACGACACACGGUAUCUCGAUGAACCAAAGGAUGAUUAGGCUGGGAAUUUCCGAUGUGAAAAAAGACAAAGACGCAAAGGACGUCUCCGUCAUCUCUCUUCAAGGAGCACCCAACGGCAACGUCGCUCCGCCCGGUUAUUACAUGCUCUUCGUGGUUUAUAAUGGGGUGCCUUGCCGCCGUGCCAUGUGGAUUAACGUGAACAAGUAAGCCCUCUCGUUUAGAGCUCCGGUUCAACAAAGACUUAAAUCCAAUGUCUCAUCACUGAGAUGCAAAUUUGCAUCUAAUUCCU